AUGGACAUUCCCCUUAAUACCAUUAUUUUAAUGAAUCCCAAUGGAACUAUUUAGAUUGGUACUUAACCCUGGUUUAAAGGCAAAAAAAUUAUGAAAUGCUACUCAUGUCAGUAAUAAAAAAAUUUUAUUAUGUUUAGAAGUAAUAUUGUUUUUGAAGGCAAAUACAAUUAAAUUAAAUGCACUAAAUGUAAUACAAUCAAUUAAGUACCCUUAAUUUAAUGA